GGAGGAGCAAUGCGGGAGCUGCAGGUGGAGGUGUCAAUCCACUGGGUAGGAACAAGAACAAUCGAUCGUCUCGGUCACGAUCACGGUCCAAUGGCAGCCGGCGUGGUAGUGCUGGGCGCGGACCCGUUCUGCGCAGAGUGUCGCGCAGUCCGCCCACCAAUGUCAGCCGAAAACGGGCGGACAGUCGUGUUGGGCGGAUGGUCGGGGGAAACAGACGGGGCGGCACGAGAAGUCCGCUUCGUCGGGCAGGAGGUGGUCCGCGAAGCCGAAGCCGUAAGCGCGGAAGGAGUAGUCCUCGACGCAACCGUAGCAAGAAUACUAGUCCUCCGCGGAAGAAUAGAAGUAAAAAUAGUCCGGGUCCGACACGGCGAGUGCGAAACAAAGCAAGGAGUCGUAGCGUUUCCCCGUCGCGGGAUAAUCCGUCGGGGUCGGGUGCACGGGCAGUAAACCAAAACAAGGAGGGAACGGCCGAUCCUGCUGCUAGAGGUGAUGGAUGCCGAAAUACCAGUCUCAACAACAACAAAGAUAUAGCAGGAUCUCCAGCGGCGGGCGGUCCGCGAGGACGUCCCCGUCGCUCCACAUCCUCCAGGUCUCGGCCAGCCUCGCUAUCACCCGGGAGUAAAGUGUGCGAAUCGAAGAUACGGAGCGCUUCGAGGAGCAGAGGGCGCGCGGACAGCCGCUGUUCUUCCGACCGGUUGCGAAGCCGCGGGGGGGACAAUAAGCCGCCUCGAAUGGUAGCGGACGAACAAGGGACGGCAUGCAACCCUGAAAAAAAGGGAAGUCGAACGAAGCUUGGAGGACCUGAACUACAAGGCUCGAAAAAGAGGAAAGGCAAAGCACCCAGAAACGCUGUGAAGAGACCGCAAAAGGCGAAAAACAAACGUGGCGCUGGACGAGUUCAAGUAGGACCUCCAGAAGGACGACGGCAGAGGGAGAGGCGUGAACAAGAAGACUCUAGCUCUGCUGAAGAAGACGAGGACGAUAGUGUUCCAUCAGCACGUUGUUCUCUCUCAAAGUCUGACGUUUUGAUGAUGCGAAACAAGCGAGAGCGACGUCUAAUGCAAGACCAGCAUCCUGACAGUGUCCUCGGCGAUGUAGUCGAUGGCAUGAGCACCUUCCCCGAUGCCUGUGGCAGCAAUAUGAAAAAGCAGAAAAGUAAAAGCAUUAGAAAAGCAGCCAAGAAGCGCGAGAAGGCUGCAAAACUUAAAAACGGGUCAAGAAGUAGAAAGUUGCUCAAGGCGGAGCGCAUGCGGGGUGGCACAACUAGCGACGGGGGAAACGACAAUAGUCUUCAAGUUGUGGCUGCCGCAGACCAGGACGAGGAGGUCAUCAUGGCAGCUAGUGGAGCAAGUAAUACUGGCUGCAACGUGUUGAACGUGCCGCCGCACGAUAAAAGUCUUAGAGCAGGGAUGAAGAAUUUUCCGCGAAUAGAAGUGGAAUCGGUGUCGUCAAGUGAGCGCGGUUUAGAACAACCAGAGGACACGGAGAGUUGUGAAGAUGGCGAAACUAACGAGGAUGAGGAUGACGAGAGCGCGAGUCCUGCUCGAGAAAAAUUGCGGCAGGAGAGUUCAGCAGAUGUUUUCUCGAGAAAGUACUUACUCGCUUCUGCGAUGUGCAGUCUUCACUUUCUUCGAUUUUAUCAUCUUCAACCUUGUGUAGUUUCUUGUAGGUGAAGUUGUCUUGACUUUAGCCAGUCCAAGUAGUUCGAGAUGUAUUUUGGUUUUUUAUUCACGACCCUCGUUUUCUACCCACGCAGCGGACAAAAGCAUGGAACAACUUCAAGAAUUGGCGCAAAGGCGGGUCCCCGACUACUACAAAGCGGGAGCACGAAAACAAAUAUCAGAGCACAGACAGAGGAGGAGGAUUCUUGGGAAGGCUCGGAAGAGGAGCUACUUGCAGCAAGAAAGGGGGGCAGCCUAGAGGAUGGCACAAAUUUUAGAUUUGUUUUGUGGAACUCGUCUGAAGAACAAGAAAUCGGUCAUACGUAUACAUCAUAGUUCUGCACAAUCGUAGUUAUACUUCUUUUGAUUGCACUAGGCUGUCCUUUCACGGGAACGCAAGUUCAACACGCUAGUACGAUUUAUUCUUCUCUUUUGCAAAUUAUAGACAGGAGUUUCUAAUAAAAUAGAUCAUUUCUAAAUCUAAUAAAAUAGACAGGAGUUUGUUGUUGUCGGUACAAGUACAACUAGAACAAAGAAGAAGCAUCUCUUUCCUACGUCAUUUUUUGAAUCAAACCAGGGGUCGAGCAAGAUGCCGAGGGGGAUCAUCAUGGAAGGGUCUUGGAGUCCCCAUCGCUAGUCGACGGCAACGGCGUGGGCAUCUUGGACAAAAUUUCAGCCGCAGGUGCUGGAAGUAAGAGAGCACUACGAAACGAUAGCAGAAAUCCAUUCACAUCAGAGGACAUGUUGUUGACUGGGGUCAGAACUGGCGCGUCAUCUUCGCCUGCAAGAAGUACGGCCAGCGUAAGCUUAAGUUCGAGGUCGUGCGUGAAAGCCAGGAAAAACAAACACACUGUGAGUUGUUCGGCAAGCACUGCAAGUGGAGGCACUGCAACAACCGUUGAAGGCGCAACAAGUUGCGGAGGUGGUAUUACCUCAACAUCACCUGCCAUGAUGCUUGCCUGCAAUCCUUCGGCUGGUGGAGUUGUUGGGAUAAGUGCCGUAGCAACAGGCGGAAUCAUGUCAACAACAGCGGCAUGUGGAGCUGGAGGAGGAGGAGGAGCAUCCUUAUCCUCCAAUAUCGCUACUUCGUCACCAUGCAGCUCAACUUCGUCUGUGGGCCCCCAAGGUAGCGUCACGACGACGGCGUCAGUAAGUGGAGGAACCACUGGCUCGUCUCCCGGAGGCUCUUCCGCUGGUGGCGAGGGUUCGAUGCUGGUGAACUUGCUGAAGAACGGCAAACAGAAGGCGGUAAGUUGGCCGCGCGGGAAUGCGAUUGCGGAUCUGUACUUGGCGUACUUGCCCAACCAUGAUCUCUGUUUUCAGCUGGUGAAUGUCUCCGGUGCACCACUUGGCGUGAUUCCUCGUAACGAUCGGCGCCCGGUCUCUUGUCUAGCACUACAGGCAGCUGCGGCAAACAAGCAGGGCUCCGGAACAGCUGGGUUCGACGAGCAGGAGUCUGAGCAAAUCACUUUAGUUGUAAAGGAAAUCGGCAUCGUGGUGGUCAUCGAGCAUGAUGGAAAACGAACGGAAAAGAUCUUCGCGCCAACAACAACGGUGCAAGCUAUUUGCAACAUGAUUGGCAGUAACUGCGUGGCCAAGAGUGCGCAGGGACGCGAAAUCGGUCCCGUCUACACUGUCCGCGACCUCUGUCGCGAAUACGCUAAGGGAAGUGAGCCGGUGUUUUUGAAAAUCGAAGAGGACGAUUGGUAAAACGCUCGAAGUCCACUGUAAUGAAUAUUUGUUCUUCUGCCCACCACUUCAAGGACGUCUUGCUGAGUGAUAUUUGGCGACAGUGGAGCUGAACGUGAGCUCAUAGCUACGCGUUGAAGUUCAGGACACACAAGUUGUGACUCCACGACACACAGAGACAACCGAUCAUGCUGCAGAUCGUAAUAGUCGGAAAAAUUGCAUUCGAUUUUUUCAAGAAGACUCACUCAUGCGUGGUCACGAAGAUAUCUUUUCAGAGAGUCAGAGACAUUCAACAUAGUUAGAAUUUACACACGUUGAAUACAUGUUGAGCUUUACACGUUGAGCUCGCUCACGAGAGGCACAAGAAUGUCAACUACUAAACAUAAUCGGUGGAUUCUGCGUUAGUAAGUACACGUGGCAGAGGCAGUGGUAAACAAGUACCUGCUCUCUACUUGGCUACAUAUACAUAGCGACGCUGCAGUUGUAGUUGCACACCCACAACAAGUAGUUCCUGCUUCUAGUGCCCGUAUUCAUAUUGUUGUAGCCCCCAGCGGUUGAGUUUGUGGCACCAACAACAUCAUCCUCGUUCCAGUAAUUAAGAAGUCAUUGACAGUAGUUGUGCUAGUGCUACUCGAUCCUAGUGGUCGUGGUCCUCCUUGAUGCCGAACACGGAGUCUGCAAAAACCCAGGAUGCAUGAGAUAACGAAAGCAACACGACGAGGACCGCGACUGAACUAACCUUGAUUGCGCCCGCCCUACUCCUCUAUUGUAACGGCUAUAUAGAUAGUGAAUGACCAGCGAGCCCUGCGCUGUCAUGUUCUUGCUUUUUAACACUAAGCAUAGAAGUAGUGAGAGGUUCGGUAAAAUUUAGGGACAAUGUUGAAACCGGUACCGUCAACAUCAAGAUGCUGUGGUACUUGUCGUGUGUAUGUUCUUUUCUUCAAUUGCGUCUCUUUUUCUUCAUCAGGUCGUAUGAGGAUCUUACAGCUUCUUUCAUGAGUGAUCUUAUGUCAGAGCUGUUUAUAGCACGCAUGGAGUAGCAUGGAGUGCAUGGAGUGCAGAUCCAUAGGGGACGCAAGAAGGAAAAAGCGCCCCCUUUAGCUCCAUGCAACUCCAUGCGAUCCAUGCACUCCAUGCCAUGCAAACCUUAACCUUUACUUAUGUGUUUUGUAGUACUAGCAUCUUUCAAAUAUAUCUUCUAUGAACUAUAAGUGAGGGAGAGCUAGUACCCUAUGGUCCAUACCAAUCCCACCUCUUAGUCGUUCAUAAUAUUCACCCUCUUUCUUCUUCCGGUAUUAUUUGCUUUUUCAUCAUCAACAUGAGUACUUAAUUUGUAACAUAUAUUGACACUCACACAGACACAUCGACAAUGACAUCAGUAUAGCAAGGAGGAUUACACUUAUGGUUUUCGUCCUUUGCUGUUCUUCCAGUUUUUGCUAGCAUCGAGCUUAAGAAAGUAUUUUGAUUUUCCUGAUCCUCAUGUUCGACCUACACCUUUUUCGGUAAUACGUCUUUUCAUGUUGCUGAUCCUCGGCGGCAGCAACAUCCCUGAGAAGAGUUCUGCCCCUAUACUAAAUUAAACUAUCCUAUUCUGUGACGUGCUUCUAGAUCUAGUCUUGGAGAUAAAAGUAUUGAGAUACUUCAUUUCGACAUUGUCAUCUUAUGCUUUGUGCAAAUGACAGUCGAGUAAAAACAACAGCGGCCAGUGUCAGACGACAGCGACCGACCACGGCGUGGCCGCGAAAGUUCUUCCUCGAACAAAAAGUUUCAGUUGUGAUCUCUAUUAAGCAGAGGCAGUCGUGGCAAUCGAGAUAAAAGAGAUGAAAAUACAGAGCGAGUAAACGGGGCAGCUGCGAGGAGGGGAGAAUUCUUGGCAAUCGACACUACUUGUUUUGGCGACGGAACACCAAAAAAAUUGAAGUCAAAUCAUGAACGGUUCAGCGUUUCUAUGCAUGGUUGAAGAUUUUUACCACAAGUUGUUUCCUCCACAUCUCAACGAC